UCCAGCUGCCCACCACGGCAGAUUAGAGCUCGCGAAGGCCACUCCACAGAUCCUCUGAUGAACCAGUACUGACAGGACUCCUUACACAAAGAUCAGAACAGCUGGGAGGACAUGAGCACUUUCGGCUACCGGCGAGAAUUGAGUAAAUAUGAAGAUCUGGAUGAAGAUGAGCUUUUGGCCUCGCUGACAGCCGAGGAGCUCCAGGAGCUGGAGAAGGAACUGGCUGAUAUCGAUCCUGACGGUAAUGUACCCAUCGGGUUGAGACAGAGAGAUCAGACCAUCAAGACUCCCACCGGGACGUUCAGCAGAGAGGCUCUGAUGAAAUAUUGGGAAAAUGAGACCAGAAAACUGCUGGAGGAGGAAAGGAUCGGAUCCACAAGCCCAGGACAGAAAGAUGAAGACAGCAAAGAUGAUGAUGAACACAUAACUGAUGCUGAAGAGUCUGAAGAGGAAAAAGAAGAAGAAGAAGAAAAUGAGAAAGACAACCGGAAAUAUCAUGAAGUUGAAAAACAAGAGAAAGAAGAGGAAGAAGAUCAAGAAGAGGAAGAAGAGGAAGAAGAGGAAGAAAGUGAAAUUGAAGAGCCAGUGACAGAAGAAGAGGAGAAUGAAGAUGAAGAAGAAGAUAGUCCUCCAUCAGAGUGUCCUCCUCAACAUCAGCAGUGUUUAACCUCUGACAGUCAAUCAAAUCUGAGACCGACGGAGCCUGUGAAGCGAUCCUCUCCACUCACGUGUGAACCAAGAGUCCAAUCUCAGGAAUCAAGCCGCAUGUCAGGAAACCCCACGGUGGUGGAUGAGGUUCUGGAGAAGAUCCUCAACAAUGACUCUGAAACCACUGAAGUCAACCUCAACAAUAUUGAAAACAUCUCUCAAGAGACUCUCGUACGCUUUUCCGAGGCCUUGCGUUCCAACACGCACGUGCGGUUCUUCAGUCUCGCCAACACGCACGCAGACGACCAGGUGGCUUUUGCCAUCGCCAAGAUGCUGAGGGAAAACUCCCACAUCACGAAUCUGAACAUCGAGUCCAACUUCAUAACAGGGAAAGGCGUCCUGCCGUUGGUGCAAGCCUUAACCCGAAACAGAACUCUCACGGAGCUUCGAUUUCACAACCAGCGGCACAUCUGCGGAGGUCAGGUGGAAAUGGAGAUCGUCAAGCUACUCAGGGAGAACACCACGCUAAUAAAGCUGGGCUACCAGUUUGACCUCCCCGGUCCUCGUAUUAGCAUGACGACGAUUCUGACCCGCAACCAAGACCUUCAGAGACAGAAGAGAAUGCAAGAGCAGCGGCAACAGGGCGGCGCGGCAACAAACCCACGAACCUCCGAGCUCCAGAAGAGAGGCACUGCGGUUUCCCCCUACGGCUCGCCUCGGAGUUCACCGUGGUCAUCUCCAAAGUUGCCUCGUGUUGAUAUGUCAAAGAAGAACGCUCCCCCUGCUCCACCACCACCGCCUCCACCCCCACCUCCUCCUCCACCAGCGCCUCCAUCCAAAGCCUCCAAAAAGAAGACUCCAACCAGAACGAUAGCGGAACUUGUCAAACGUCAAGAGGAGACAAAGAAACAGCAGGGUGCGAACAAACCCAAAGCUAAAAAGAGCAAAAAAGGGCCGGGGAAGAAGACAGAGACUGACAGUGUACUGAAGGAGCUGAAGAACGCUUUGAGACCCAUCGGAGAUCGAGAGAAUUCCAGACCAUCCACACCACAACGCAGCGCUCAUGAUGAACUCAUGGCCGCCAUCAGAGGAAGCUGCAUGAGAAACCUUCGAAGGGUGGAGGUUCCAUAGUAUCCUUGGUAACCGGACUGUACUGAAACCGAACAGAAAUCCAGGUGAAAGAGGAAAAUCUGUGUAUAUAAAUCUCAAUUCAAUGAUAUAGACAAAUCUUCGUCUGAGUGCAUUGUAGAAAUUGAGAUUAAUGUUUUUGAUAUUUGCACUGUAUGUUUCUUCUUGUUGGCUUUAGUUGUAGUUUUUAUUUUUGAAGUGAUUGUACUUGAUUAAAAACACUUUGUAUUGUUAAUGCUUUUUUAUUAAAUGCAAAUAUAUUUGAUUUGACUUCAAAUAACACUGGUCAUUCUGUUGAUCUUUAAUUCCAUAAAUGCUUUAUGUAUUAUAGAGAAAAAAUAAAUAUGGGUAGCAAUUUGAAUAAAUUCACAAAUUAAUUCAUGAUCUAUUAAAGACUCAAUAAAAUCAAAUUGGUUGUGGUUUUCAG